AUGGUUCUGCAACUCAAAGAGUUGCCAGAACAUAAAGUGGAGAUUGUCCCGCCCCCCUCAUCUCCCUCCCUCCCCAACCACUCCUUUAAGACGUCGGUGACGUAGGCGAGUGGCGGCCGUUUCGAAUCCAGGCCCCAGAAAUUGCAUCUCUACAGCUGCUGCCUGGCUUCCGAUUCCCGGCCCGGGUGCCCUACAGUAGCCGUAAAAGCUCCAGCCUCCGUCCGAUUGUCUCGCCUGGAGCUCGGGCCCGCUUGUUCCCCGUCACUCCCUGCGUUGGGCCCGGGCCCGGGCCCGAGCUCUAGUAUAUGGCGGAGGAUGAAAGGGAGCCCACCCGCAGUCUCUACGGCUUAUAGUUUGCAGAACCUAUUUGCUGUGGAAGAUGAAUUUGAAGAUGAGGAUUUCUUGUCAGCUGUAGUGGACACUGAAAACCAAUUCUCCAGUUCGUUUUCUGUAAAUCCAGGAUGCCUGAAACCUGUGUAUUCCGAGCCCAAAGCUGCCAAACAGGCGCUGACCUUGGGGCAACAGACUUCCUGUUCCACUCUUCCUCCAGGGGUUUCAAGCCUGUCAGCCCAGGGACUCAGAAUCUCUUCCCCUAGUGUGUCCACGGCAGGAGGGGAUUCUCCUUCUAAGACAUCAACAUGCCUAAGACAUUUCCCUUCUCCCAGUUUAACUGGAGGAACUAGAGAUCAAAGUAGCGUGACCUUAGAAGGAAUAACCACAGAACCUCAUGCACUUUUCUCUCUUGGGAAGCAACACCCAGGGUCUGGUACCACUGUGACAAGUAAACAGAAUGAGUUCAGUAUGCAAUCAUGCAUGGAGCUGAGGCAAGGGGAUGCAAGUGGGCCUAUGAAAAGCCUGUUUCCUAAGCAGAAGGAGGACCCUGUGCAAGUUAAAAGGCCCCGGUUGUCUGAGCUGGGAGGAUCUUGUUGCCAAGGGUCAAUUGUCACCAGACUGCCUGAGCCUCUACUCUCAGAUCCCACCACUUACCAUGAGACUCCAAAGUUCAUUAUGAGACCUGGUGCUUCCAGCAGACAUACUUUCCCAUCUGGUUCACGAAUUCCCACUCAACCCAUCCCCUGGCAAACUGGUCCUAGGGGCAGGCAUCUCCAUGAGCCUCAGCCUCUCCAAAGUGCUAAUUGUUAUGCUCAGAACAAUUUUCAAAAUAGUUCUUUAACAUCUCAGCCAUUUCAAUCUCCAACUUCCUGGGAAAGUAGAAAAUCUAGAAUUCCAGGGCCAACUGUUCGCAAUCCAAACUCUUCUCUUGUUCCAGUGCCUAACUCUAUUCAGAGACCCUUAGAAUCCCGAGCUCGGGUCUCUUCUGUGGAGUCUCUUUUUUCUACUCCAUCCACCCCCUGUUCUUCCCUGACAGCCUCAGGGAUUCUUCAGACUCCUAUAGUCACAAAUCACCUUGUACAACUAGUUACUGCUACCAAUCGGACACCUGGGAUGCCUGCCCAUUUACUCACCCGGGCCAAAACACGCCGUUUUCCUGGACCAGCUGGACUCUUGCCUCACCAGCACAGUGGAAAAAAUCUGGAGGAGAUCAUGAUUUCAACUCCUCAGACUCCAGCCCAUGGUGCACUAGCUAAAUUCCGGACAGAGGAAGUACUUAGCUCCCAGCCUUCAGGGGAGGAUUUUGAGCGUGGCCCCUGGCUGACUAUGAAAGCUGAACUGGGACUAGAUGACCAAGACCCUGCCUGCUUCCUGCACACGUACAGUAUUGUCAUGGUAUUGCGGAAGGCCGCUUUGAAGCAACUUCCCAGGAACAAAGUGCCCACCAUGGCUGUGAUGAUCAAAUCCCUGAGCCGAAAUACAGUAGAUGCCAGUGUGGUGUUCAGAGAUCCUACAGGAGAGAUGCAAGGUACUGUGCACCGGCUGCUGUUGGAGGAGAGACAGAAUGAGCUGAAGACUGGAUCUGUCCUACUGCUGAAGCAGAUUGGAGUAUUCUCCCCCUCACUCCGCAAUCACUACCUCAAUGUAACUCCUAACAACCUGGUCCAGAUUUACAGCCCAGAUUCAGGAGAUGGGAGAGUCCCCAGGAGCUGUCAACCCCUUUCCAAGCUUUCUAGCCCUCUCCAGUCAGACUCUCUGUCUCAGCCUCCUGGUCCUGAGAACUCCUCUCAUGCUCUUCAUUGUGAUGGGAAGCCCAGAGAGAAGCUUAGGACAAGCAGCAUGGAGGCAGCCUCUGGAGAAGAGUUUCCUGAAGCAGAUGAUCUGGAUGGACUCCUAGGGGAGUUACCUGAGGACUUCUUCUCUGAGGACAGUGGCUGGUGAGACAGGACCACAAGGACCUAGCAUUGCCUUGUUUGCUGCAAGUCAGGCAUGGACUCAUCUCACUUGUGAGACAGUGGCUGGAGGCAGGGCUGUGUUCUUUUGCCUUAGCAGAUAACCUUGUGAGCAUAUCAGCUGUCCCCUUCCCUGCCUGUUUGUGAGAGCGUUCUCCUCAUCUUUUAGGUCAGAGCAUCUUUCUUAACAGAUUCUGUCUGUGGAGACAGUAGGGGUCCCAGAAAAGCAUCAGUUUUGAUCAUAGACAAGUUUCCUGGUUCUCACAAUUUUGAUUUCCACUCUUUGGACAAUUGAAGACCCAGGAGUAAACAGGGACAUAAUUCCCCAAAUCUGAGCUUAGAACUGCUGUUUGCCUCCAUUACCUCCUCACCUAAAGUUAAAUUAUCAGUUCAUUUUUCCCUCAGAACUUUGUCUUCAGCUAUUCUCAUCCUGCCCCUAAGAGACUACUUCACUUAGACCUGAAUUAUUUAUUUAUCCCUAAAACAAGAUUUUUACUGAAGUUACACAGUUUAACUUGUGCAAGAGAUUUCCAGGUUUAGGAUCAAAGAGUUAGAGCAUUGUGCCAUAUUUUAAAAUAAAAUAUGGUACUCACUCUCCUUGGACUUUGGGCUAUAUGCUCUUCUGCCAAUUCUUUUAUGACCUUAGCUUUCUUUUGUAUGUCCUAUCCAUCUUGAUCCUGGAUGCCAUAAUGUUUUGAGGGAGGACUGAGCACUCUUGACUUCACAGAGUCAUUCAUAGAAGGGGACACUAUAAAAUUAACUUAGUUUCCUUCUGUAGUAAUUUCAGUGAUUUAUUCUCAAAACAAGGACUGAUCAAGAAGAGGAUGGGGCAUAGCUUUUUAUAUUUGUUCCACCCUACAAUGCAGAUGGGAAAAAGAAGGUUGGUCUAAUAUUUUUGAUUAUUGCCAGAAAAGGAGAAAACCCAAAAGGUUAUGGCCUUCUGGGGUUAGGUUUAAAUUGCCAACUUGCUUUCAAGGACCACUUGAUCCAUGGCUGGGGUUCCUCUCUAAAAUGUAACUUUCCAUUUUCUAAAACGUAUCCAUUAUGAGGCUAAAGAGAGAAAUGAAGAGGCUGUAGGAGAUAGAGGAGGCAAUCAGUCAGUCAGCAUUUCUUAAAUUCCAAGUCUUAGACAUUGUGCCAUAAAGAAUUAAACAACCCUUAUCACAGAGAUCUUACAUUCUUAAGAUGGUAUAUGUAUAUGUGUGCAUAUGUAUAUGUGUGUGUAUGUCUAUGUAGAAUAAAUAUAAAGUUAAUAAAUAAAAGGAAAUGCAAGAUUGUUUGGGAGGGAAGACACUGGCAGUUGGAGAUAUUAAGAAAGGCUUCUUAUAAAAGUUGGUCCUUGAUGGUGUUUAAGGAAAUGGGACAUUCUAGGAGUCAGAGUUAAAGAAUCUAGACAUUUCAGGUCUGAAGAGCAGUCAAUGCAAAGACAAUAGGGCAUCCUGAGGGACUGACCUUGUGCCAUAAUUGGCACUAUGGAUUGGCCCUGAUGUAUCUUUCUUACUGAAUAUUUUACCAUAUAUGCAUCAGAUGCGUAUAUACCUAACCACUUUUUUCUCUACCAAGUCUGUCUGAGAUGUCCUUCCUUCUGUCCCAAUCCCAGCUCUGUCUAUCAGACUUCCACCUAAGCUUUCUGGGCCCAGAUUAGUCUUGCCUCCAUGAAACUCCCUCAGACUCUUCUAGUCCACAAGCCUUUCUCUUCUGAACUCUAAAGGACAAAGAUAAGAAAAUAGCUAUAGAAUUGAGAGCUGGAAAGGACUUUAGAAAUAGUCUUAUUGUAAAAGGAAGAAACUGAAGCUGAUGGAGUUGAAGGAACUUGUCUGGGUCAUAGUAAUAAAUAGAUUCAGGAUUCAAAUCUAUAACACUUCUUCUCAGGCACUUAAGCACAUUCUACUUGUCAUUGUGGUUACUAAUGUUAUGUAUCCAGGCCUUUCAAUUCUAGUGUCAACUUGUGGAAAAUAGUGACUGUGACUUUUAUAUCUCGCAUGACUCCUUGCACAGAUUCUAUGCUCAAUAAAUGUUGAAUGAAGCAG